AUGGGAGGUGCACCAAACUGGCCAGCCGUCGGAUGCUUUAGCGGGUCACUCGCUGGGCCGCUACAAGGAGCAACGAGAGAGUCGGAGUGCAUGAGUGAUCUGACUGAUGUGUCUGAGCCAUUGAAGAUCGACCUUUUUGGAUCUAAACAAACUUGCAAGCAAGGUUCACAGGCCAUCGGCGAUCCGGCAAGAGUCCGAGAACGUGCUACAUCUGCGGGGAUGCGCUUUCAGAUCCUCAUUCAUCUUCUUGAUAGCCAUCGAAAAUCAUUAGCCAUAGGCAACGCAACGAUCGGUGAUAUUGAUGAUGUCAAGGCUACUGACGUCUCGCAAAGAUCGGAAGGAUGGAAAGAGCAAAAGAGGCGAAGUGUCGAGAGAUUACGCAGUCGUCUGCUGGGUACAACUGGUGGUCUCUUUAACGGUCAUGCCGCUGAGGACUUGAUCGGAUUGUUUCACGCGCACGGUUGCGCAGUAGAAAUCAUCCCAGCCCCACCCACCGUUGCUGGCCCGGAGAACCUGAGCGUCUGGUUCAGGGACAAAGGGCGGAGGAGGAUUUACCCAGCCAAGCAGAGGGUGACAGACCAGACCAACCCAUGGAAGGGGCUGGCUCGAAACUUCUUUGGAGGAGGAACCCCUUCGAUGGAGGAAGUAAGGGAUGGCAUUGCCCGAGUGUGA